CUUCGUAGUGUACAAACGCAGACGUAGAUGCUUCCCCCAAAGGACCUCAAGCUUGUGAUGUUAUCGGCGUUCGGCUUUCUUCAUCAAUGUAUCAUCCCGGCAUAGUCGUAGCGUUCUACAUCAUUUAAUGAUUCAACAUGGGUUUUUGCGAGGUGCGAGGGGAGCGUUGGGCAACGCGUGCAAAUCUCCCAAAGCGAUGACGGCGCAACCGCAACUCUCGCACCUUUCCCAAACUUCUUGCAACACCCAAUCCAGCACAACAUCCCACACCCCCUCGCCCCAAACUCCAGCCCCCCCAGACUUCAAAGAUGGCAGACGCAAAACUCCGCGAAGGCAUGGAAUUCAUGACAGCAGCCGAAAAGGCCCGCAACAAAAAGACACUGUUCGGGAAAGAGAAGCCCGAUUGGGAUAUGGCUGUGCAGGGGUACGAGGCUGCGGCAACGAGUUUCAAGAACGCUCGUGCGUUUGAUCAGGCUUGUGAGGCGUACGUCAAGGCAUCGGAAUGUCACCGCCACCUCGAUUCUCUCUUCCUAGCAGCAAAAUCCCUCGACGCCGCCGCCCUGCUCACAACAACGCACCUCUCCCAACCCGCGCACGCUGCAGAUCUGUACAGACAAGUCAGCGACCUGUUCCUGGCGCAGGGGAGCGCCGAUCGGGCAGGGGAGAGUUUGGAGAAGGGUGCCAAGGUAUUGGAACAAGCAGACCCAACAAAGAGUAUUGAGAUGUACGACGAAUCCUGCAAGUUGUACGAAGAAGAGAACAAAAUGCGGUUCGGCGUCGACGUCUUCAAACGCGCCAUCGGUGUCUGCGUGCGCAAUAACCGGUUACCGAAAGCACUGGACCUGUCGACCCGUCUAACGACCGCCUUCGCCAAGCUAGACCAAAAGAUGAAUUUCCACAAACAGAUGCUCUCAAGCACCGUCAUCCUUCUGGCGCUGGGCGACGUCGGGGAAGCCGCGCGGAGGUUGGAGAUGGGGAUGGGACAAUUAGGCCUGGCGAGCUCAGAAGAGGGCCAGAUCGCGCAAACCCUCGUGCAAGCGUUCCAGGACGGCGACCAGCCCGCCAUCGACUCGAGCUUGAAGCGGCAUCCGGUGCAGUAUCUCGAGAACGAGGUUGAGGAGGAGGGGUUCUUGUGAAAGCGGGUUGUACAGAACGGGGGAUUUCUGAAAGGUUCCGUAUACUGUACAUACGUAUUCUUUUCGGUCCAUGCAUUUAUCGUUUUUCAAGAUAUGGUGUGUUGAAGCACAAUCGGGUGUGAUGAUUUUUUCAAUGGUAGUAUACUUUUAGAAGUAGUGGCU